CGGCAACUCCUGAGCUCGGAUGCAUCCUGCUAGUGGGAGGCUAUGAGAGCCCAGUGACCGCCGCUGACACAGAAGCUCGCCGGCACUUUAUUAAUGAUGGAUCCCCGGAAGAAGCCGGGGAGCGAUGAGGGUGACCGUGUAAACGAGGAGGCAGAACACCCGAGCCACAGUGCAUCCCAUGGCGCGGACUGUGGGCCCGUAUCUGAUGAGACAGCGGACACUGCUGAGAAUUCCACAAACAAAAGGGGUUUUGUAGAGUCCUCGGACUUGGACCAAAUUGUCGAGGAGGACGGCGGAAAUAAACGCGCUUCCAAGCGAAUGAAACUAGCAGAGGCUGAGGCCCUGCGGCCCGGAGAGCCGGGCGCCCCUGGGUUAGGGAGCCCCAGAGGCGCGGGCCGGGAAGCGGGUGUCGCAUCGCCGGGGACUGGGGCAGGGCCCCUCCUGAGUGGCCAUGACGGCAGCCCGGGCCUUCCCGGCCACGGGAGCCCAGGGGAAACGGCUGCUGGGAAGGAGCGUGCUCAGGAGACGACAGCGUUCCUCGAUCCGGGAGGGGAGCCUCCCUCGCCCUCCAAAGAGAUGCAAGGGAGCAGCCCCCUCGGGGGCCCGGGCGUGGCGCUGCAGGGCGGCACACGUGCCCCCUCGCCUGCCUCCUGCCCGCACGUGGAGAAGCAUGCUGCGUGUCCCUCGCCACUGCCGGAGGACCAGGCCUGCGGCCCUGCGGCUGACGGCGGCCUGGCCUUCCCCGGGCACGCCGGGCAGGCGCGCGGCCCGCCGAGGGCCUUCUCCUGCGAGCUCUGCGGCUUUCAGUGCGCCGAGGAGAACCUGCUGAACGCACACUGUCUCGGCAAAACACAUCUCAGGCGGCAGAACCUCGCUGCCCGCGGAGGGUUCGUACAGAUCUUAACCAAAGAGCCUUUGCCCAAGAAGCCGAGUCCCGUGGGAGCGAAGGCCGGCCGCACAAAGCCGAGAGCGUCUAGGCCGGUAGCCAGGAACGGCGACUCAAAAUCCUUGCGGAGCAUUGGAGCGGGCGCAUUUAGAGAUUUCAGAGGAAGCUUUUCUAAACAGAGUGGGCGCGGCAGCGAACUGCUGGUUGAAAUGAGUCCGUCCAGGAACACCUCUCCAGAGAAAGUGGAGGUGGUUGAAGAAAACGUAACCUCCCAUGAUGCAGCUGGGAAUCCCGAGAACCAGAGCAAAAAGCUGGGCGUGGUCGUCACCUCCGAGGGUCUCCUAGAUAGGCUGGAGUCCAGCAGAAACACGGCCCAGGCAGCCACCGGCCUCAGCAUAGCCUCAAGACCCAGGGCCGAUCGCGGCUUCCUCGUGCUGGGCAGCGGCUUCCGACGGCGCGCCGGCGCCUUCUCCUUGAAGGGCCAGGCAAAGAAGAGGUGCACGCUCCUAGGAGUUAGUAAAAGGGGCACUAACGAAGCGCAGAGGCUGUAUUCGAAGCACUUGAGAGCACAGGUGAAAACGAGUGACGCGGAGUUGGCGCAUCAGCACGGGGACCCGCGCGCUGUCACCCAGGCCCCGUGCCUGACGCUCCUGGAGACCCAGGCCCUGGAGACCCAGGCCCUGAAGCAGGACAGGGCAAACGCCCAUCUCCCUGGCUCCUUCGACUCUCCAGCAGGGAGGCCAGCUCCCGACCACCAGGUGGCAUGUGCUUGUUCGGCCUGUGGUCACACAGCCACAAGCAGAGCGGAACUGGAGAUCCACGUGACAAGGUGCCACGCGGGCGAGUUGCGGUUUCACUGCCAGACGUGUGGCUUCUCCAGCGCGUCCAGGAGGGACGUGGAGGAGCACGUGCACAGCCACCCGCAUCAGCAGACCGCCUCUGGCCUGCGUUGCCAGUGUUGUGCAUUUACUUCCCUGAACGAGAUGGACCUGAGUGACCACAUGAAGGAGAAGCACAGUAUGGGUUUCCUCUGCCCGCCUUGUCAUCUGUUUUUCUCUUCCGAGAAAGACGUGGAGGAACACAGAGCAACUGAGAAGCACAUUAACUUGUUGGGUCAGCCGAAGACUUCUCAGUCAUUUAAUGGUGAUUUGGCAUUACAGACGUUCCCCUUAAGUACUUUAGAAUCAGAAAAUGCAAACGUUUCUGUGGGUGAGGCCGGAAAAGCAGCUCAGGAAGAGCCAGCUAAGUCCAGGGUAAGCCACGGAAAUGAAGCGAGGCAUUCGAGUAAGCCUCAGUUUCAGUGCAAGAAGUGUUUUUACAAAACAAGAUCUUCCACUGUUCUCACGAGACACAUAAAGCUCCGCCAUGGUCAAGACUAUCACUUUCUUUGUAAAGCGUGUAAUCUUUAUUCCCUGAGCAAAGAAGGAAUGGAGAAACACAUCAAGAGAAGCAAGCAUCUUGAAAAUGCUAAGAAAAAUAACAUUGGCCUAAGCUUUGAGGAGUGUAUUGAAAGGGUCUGCAUAGGUGCAAAUGACAAGAAAGAAGAGCUUGGCGUCCCUGGGAAUGGGCGGACAGAAGGCCACAGUGGAGGUGUGCAGUUCCGGGAGCAGGCCUGCCUCGACCAGAGCAUCCUGCCUCCCCAGGAACUGUCAUUGUCCGGUGUCAUUACCAAAGAGGGUGAACUAGCUCCACCCCCCACUCCAAAGAGGGGGCGACCUAAAGGCAACAUCUCUCGGACCUGUUCACAUUGUGGUCUCCUGGCCUCGAGUAUCACAAACUUGACUGUGCACAUUCGGCGAAAACACAGUCACCAGUACAGUUAUUUAUGCAAAGUCUGUAAGUAUUACACCGUAACCAAGGGAGACAUGGAACGGCAUUGUGCCACCAAGAAGCAUAAAGGACGUGUAGAAAUUGAAGCAAGUGGAAAACAAAGCUCAGAUAUCAUUGUUGGCCCUGAAGGUGGUAACCUUGAUGCCGGUAGGAAGAACACCAGUGUGGCAGUUUCAGAUGAACCUGCCAACCCUCCACUGGAAGCAGACACCUCCAUUUCAGAACAGCCAUCACUUGAGCAAGGGAAUCCAGUGGAAGUGGAAGUUGAGAACGUGUUUCACCCUGAAGAUGGGGAGACUGGCAGUCACCUUAUUGAGAAAAAGGAGCAAACCUCUGUGGAUCCAGAGGACCUUCAGGGUGACACAUGCCUUCAGAGAGAUGAUGUGAGUACAGGUGAAAACAGAUGUACGCACUGUGAGUUUAAAGCGUACUCUUCCACCUCUCUGGAGCUGCAUGUAAAACGGAAACAUACAAGAGAGUUUGCCUUUUAUUGCAUGGCAUGUGAUUACUAUGCUGUGACUCGACGGGAGAUGACCAGGCAUGCGGCAACAGAAAAACACAAGAUGAAAAGGCAGUCUUACCUGAACUCUACUAAUGUAGACGCCAGUUCUUCAGAAAUGUCCAAAACCAUCAUUAUUCCCCACGGGCAGCAGAAACAGAACUCUGAGGAAUUUCAGAUUAUUUCAGACCAACCCUCUGAAACUCUCAAAUCUAGAAAUGCUGCCGAUUGCUCUAUUUUGGAUGAGAACACCAGUUUAGAUAUGUCCAAGGUGUUCUGUGCUUCUGAGUCUGUAGAAGCUGAGACUGAGGAGGAGUCUAACCUCAGUGAAGAUCACCCCUUUUGUGAAACUUUCCAGCAGCCCCUUGCCAAGGACAAAGUUAUAAAACCGGAGGAGAUGGUACCCCUCAGUAUUUCUUCUAAUUGUGGCUCCCCAAGCAAAUUUCAGGAUGAAAACUCAGGAAGCUCAGCUUUGAAUCAUGAGACAGCAAAGAAAAAGCACAGUAUGUUGAAUGACAUCAAUAGUCCAAACACACACAGUGAGAGUGAUGGAGGAAAGGCAGAAGACAAAGCUGAUAAAGUCCUUGGCAAACACGGGUGUCCCAGAGCUGUAGAUGGAGAGCAUCCAGCCAAGAGUGCCAUGCUGAGAGCUCCCGGAGAACCCCUCAACCUGGGGAGCAGUGAUCAGGACAGAGCUGGAAGCGUGCAGAGUUCAGGGGACUUGAAAGAUGUUCCGGAAGAUCCUGUUCUGGAAAGUAAGGAGAUUCUCAUGAAUUCCCAACAUGAAACCAAAAUGAUUUUGGAAGAGGAUGGUCCAGCUUCUGACAGCACCACUGACAACAAUGAUGUUUAUGAAACUAUAAUCAGUAUUGAUGAUAAAGGGCAGGCUGUGUACAGUUUCGGCCGGUUUGAUUCUUCCAUAAUAAGGAUCAAGAACCCUGAAGAUGGGGAACUCUUCGACCAGUCUCAAGAGGGACUUGUGGCAGCGGGAGUGAGGAUGAGUGAGCUCCCCUUGAAGGACUGUGCCCAAGGUGUGAAGAAGAAAAAAGCGGAUGGUAGUUCCUUUGCGGAGUCCACCCGGAUUCGCUGUGAUGACUGUGGCUUCUUGGCAGACGGUCUGAGUGGCCUGAACGUGCACAUAGCCAUGAAGCACCCGACGAAGGAGAAACACUUCCACUGUCUGCUCUGCGGCAAGUCCUUCUACACGGAGAGCAACCUCCACCAGCACCUGGCCAGCGCCGGCCACAUGCGGAACGAGCAGGCCAGCGUGGAGGAGCUGCCCGAGGGUGGCGCCACCUUCAAGUGCGUCAAGUGCACGGAGCCCUUUGACUCUGAGCAGAAUUUGUUCCUGCACAUCAAAGGGCAGCACGAGGAGCUGCUCCGAGAGGUGAACAAGUACAUCGUGGAGGACACUGAGCAGAUCAACCGCGAGAGGGAGGAGAACCAGGGCAACGUGUGCAAGUACUGUGGGAAGAUGUGUCGCAGUAGCAAUUCGAUGGCGUUCCUGGCGCACAUUCGCACGCACACAGGAUCAAAACCAUUCAAGUGCAAGAUAUGCCAUUUUGCAACAGCUCAGCUUGGUGAUGCCAGAAACCAUGUCAAAAGGCACCUUGGGAUGAGGGAAUACAAGUGUCAUGUCUGUGGGUGAGUAAAUUGAAACCAUCUCUACCGUGGUGAACCAGGAAGCACGUGCGGGAUAUCCAUUGUUUCAGGAUUCAAAACUGAUAUGAGUAAGAGUGGCUAGAAUUAUGCAUGCGUAUCCUCCUUUCCAUUGUUAUGGUAAAUUCCUUAAACAUAGUUAUGACAUUCUUCUCCCACUUCUAAUCCUGUGCUGAAGAUGAGCAAUUUUAUGGGCUACAAGGUCAAUUUGAACCUGUAAUCUGUAAAUUGACUAAAUUAUAGGAUGUUCAUUCACAUUGCCAGAGAGAACUGUAAAUUCCAUUUAAAGACAUAAAAAAAUACAUAAUAUAGCUUUAGGAGUGUAUAUGUCUGUUUUUUCCCUUUUUUUCUUUUGCUAUACUGCUCUAAUUUUAAUCGCAUUAAUGGUUCUUUGGAUCCAUUGGACAUAUUCUAUAAGGAAAAAAGCAGAAAAAGAUUUCAUUUCAGAGAACUGAUUUUUGAGGCUUAAAAAGCCAGUGUGUAUAAAGUAUGUUUUUGUGUAACUUUAUUUCAAAACUUGUUAUCCUGUUUUAGUUAAUGGCUCUUUCCUCUAAAGAAUCAUUCACAAUGUUUAAUUGUCACUCAAAUGUCUUACAUUUAAUAGGAAGCACUGAGACGCUUUAAUGUAAAACUAAUUAAUUUAGCAGAAAUGUUUAAAAGGCUUUAAAAUGCCAUGACAUCUAUGGUAUAUCAUAGGACAUUCAGAGCUGGAUUUUUAAUACGUUACUUCAGAUUAUAAGUAUAUUUUAAUGUUAUUAUGCUAGAGAAAUGAAUUAAUAAGUGCAUCAUAUAAAAACACUUUAUGUGAAACCUGAGAAACCUGCAGUUCUUAUGGUUGGUUCACAAAACACUUCAGAUUCAAUUAAAUUAUGCAAUGUGCACAUGUUAUAUGAGGUUUCUUUUUUCAGUGGAAGAUUCUUCUGGCUAGCACUACUGUAUAAAUACCUUUUAAGUCACAAACAACUUCUGUUUUUUAAUGGAUGGUACAUUUCAUCCCAGGAUGCAGUUGCAUUUUUUGACCCUUAAGAUAGUUUUACAAAUAACUUUACAAGCAGUUUUAUUAACCAUGGUCUGUGAUUUAUUCAUUGGCAGAAUUGAUGGUUCAGUGACUUGGAGCUAAAGUAAAUGAAGAUGAACCUUUGCCCUAAAGCCCCCUGAAGAUCAGUGGGAGAAUGAGUUUUGUUGCUACUGAUUGUAGCUGCAAGGGUCGAGUGCCAAAUGGUGCAUUUUAAUUGCUCCAGGUCUUGGAAUUUUAAAAGAUAUUUCAUUUCUGUUUUUACCAUGUGAAUUAUAGCAAGGAGGAAGGCCCAGACUGUGGUGAAGAUUUGCUAUAAGUUGGCAAAAAAAAAAAAAAAAAAAAAGUUUCUUCCUCAUUUCUGGGAAUAAGUAAAUAGUUUUUGCAUACUGUGUUAUUAGAAACCUGAUUCCAUUCCUUUUUUAUUAGUGUUAGCAAGACCCGGGAAGAGAAGGAGAGACUUCUAGAGAGCAGCUUCUGACACAUGUAGUGUCAGGACCAAACCUGACUGAGUAGCUCUGGGUGUGUGGUUUUGAGCACUGCACGCUUGCUUAGCUUACUGCUCACAACGCACGACUGGCGUGUUGCACUGUGGUUUAUACAGUGAUUCCCAAGUAGACUCCCAAGUAGAGUUGUAAGUGCUUGUAGGUAUGUUGAGUUUUAUGCUGCUGUCAUAGAGGUCUACAUGUGUGUGUGUGUGCGUGUGGAAAAAGCAAUCUAGAUUCCCAAACUGUAUCUCUUAGAAUUACAGUAGUUGUUGAAUUUUAUUUGACCAAGAAAUAAUAUUUCUUAAUUUUUUUACAUAAAAUUUGACUUAAAGUCACAUAACAAUAAUUUGUACAGGGUAGAUAUUUUUACAGUGAAGCUAAAAGUUCUGAAGAAUUUCAGUAAACUGAAGAAUGCCUAUUGAGUCUGUGUAGUUGACACAGAACAGUAGUGAGUGAAAUACCCUUCAGUGCUAAAGAAAAAGUGCCAUAGGUUGUUCUGUAUUUCAUGUGUUUCAAAGGGAUAGAGCAGUAUGUAGGUUAAAAAUUAAAGUAAAAAACAUGAAUAAAAUGAGAACUGGCUAUCAGGUCAGUGGCAGUAGGGAGCACUGGCAUGUUCACAUCACUGACAAUGUCGAUUCAUUAUCAUUGAUGGCUGAAUAAUCUUAGAAAUGCUCGGUGGACCCAUUCGUUCCUGAACAUAAGCAGCUCAUGCUGCA